AUGAAUGAAACAACAGAACGCCCAUCUGUUUCGUUUUCAUACUCAGAUUGGAUUUCUAAGGUCAAGAAAUCAACAAGAGAAGCUUACGAAUCGAAACCCGUUUCACAUUGGGUUCUCUUGAUUCUUGGUGGAGCAUCAAUGCUCAUAGCCUUCCCAGCUUCUAGUUUACUAUCUCGUCUUUACUUCUCCAAUGGUGGCAAAAGCAAAUGGAUCAUCUCUUGGGUUGCUGUUGUUGGAUGGCCAAUCACUUGUCUCAUCUUACUUCCAACAUACGCCUUUAGAAACAUCAAACCGACACCUCUCAACACUAAGCUUGUUCUCUCUUACAUUGUGCUCGGUUUCUUGAGUGCUGCAGAUAACCUUAUGUACGCUUACGCCUACGCGUACCUCCCUGCAUCGACUUCUUCUCUUCUGGCAUCUUCUUCGCUUGCGUUCUCUGCUUUGUUUGGUUAUCUCAUUGUGAAAAACCCGCUGAACCCUUCGGUUAUUAACUCCAUUGUGAUUAUAACCGCUGCUAUGGCUAUAAUAGCGCUCGAUUCAAGCUCUGAUCGGUAUGAUUAUAUAAGCAACCGCCAAUACUUUGCAGGUUUCUUUUGGGACAUAAUGGGAUCUGUGCUUCACGGGCUUAUUUUCGCCUUGUCCGAGCUUGUCUUUGUGAAACUGCUCGGAAGAAGGUUCUUCCACGUCGCUUUGGAGCAGCAAGUCAUGGUUUCACUCAUUGCUUUUGCAUUUACCACAAUUGGGAUGGUUGUGAGCAAAGAUUUCCAAGGGAUGGCUGAAGAAGCUAAAAGUUUCAAAGGCGGCGAGUCUCUGUACAUUCAGGUUCUUGUCUGGAGCGCGGUCACGUUUCAAUUGGGUGUUCUUGGAGCAACCGCUGUCUUGUUUCUGGCAUCUACCGUCAUGGCAGGAGUCCUUAACGCGGUGAGAGUGCCCAUCACGAGCAUAGCCGCUGUCAUAUUGAUGCAUGAUCCGAUGAGCGGCUUUAAGAUCCUGUCUUUGCUCCUCACGUUCUGGGGAUUCAGCUCUUAUAUCUAUGGGAGCUCAAGCGCGAACUCAAGUACUCGAGCCUCCUCUUCCACCUAA